AUGAAGACAUCUCCACGGCCCACCGUUUACCCACUUAUAAUAAAAGUGCAGAAGACAAGAUUAUCGUUAAGUUUACGCGUCGCAAGUAUUCGGGACGAGUUUUACGGAAAGAGGAAAACAAUCGCCGGCAAAGAAGUUGGUAAAGUUGGCACUCUACGGGAUCUUUCUCAAGACCCAAAGAAGAAAUUAUAUAUCUCCGAGUCGCUAACACAAGCAAGAAAGAAAUUGUUUGGCAGCAUUAACAAGUUUAAGAAGGACAACAAGUGGAAAUAUAUUUGGACCAACAACGGGCGAAUAUACCUCAAGCAAGGAGACGGGGAAAAGCGUACGUUCACAUUCAACUACGCAGACGAGUUGGCUGACUUCAAAAGUAAAUUUCCUCUUGGAUAA